AUGGCGAGGAGGUCUUGGUUUACGGCGAUCCUCGUGUUGGCGUUGCUGUUCGUCACGUCUGAUUGCCUCCGUGGACCUGCCACUAACGUCGAUGUUUCGCCCUCGACGACGAUCAGACCACGAGGUGGCUCUCGCUUCAGUCCGAAGGUCGAGGAAACACCCGAGACGUCCCCGCAGCCUUUCUCCUCUCAAUCGAGGUCGAGUCGUCGAGGGAGGCCCCCAGUUACCUCACCGUCAGGAAGAGCAGCUGACAAGAAGACUGAAACAACCACCCUGAGAAGUAGGCGUGACCGUGAUCGUAAUAACGAGGUGAGCAGAAAUGCAAAGGUGAUCACGGAAACACCGAAUUCCCCGAGGGGAAGGGAGGUCUCAGGGUCAGCGAGUGUGAGGAGACAUUCACCAGCUAGGGGACAGGUGUCGGAACAUGAGGCUGAUCUGGCUAGAGCAGCGAGUAGUGAUAGGAGGUAUUUACCGGAAGGUAGAGAGAGGAGAGGAAGAAAGCUUGGUCACGAAGUACCGCUGGAGCUGCCGAAGGAGAGUCCUAAGGUGGUGAGUAGAAGGCAACGAGGAAGAACCAGCGGUGAAGAGACCACUUCUACCACGACAACAACUGCUAAGCCCAGACCUACAGGAAGAAGUCGGACUAGAGAUUCCAGUGAAUCCAAGCGAUCUUCUCCUAGAAGAAUCACUGAACGAAGCACAGAAAGACGCACAGCUGAUAAGGACAGAUCAACGCCUAGAACCUUAGGAAGACGAAUCACCGAGCGCAGCACUCGAAGGCAUGAUCCAUCACCUCCGAAUGCCGAUCAGGUGCCAGUGGGAACUACCUCAACAGUGAAAAGCACCACUCUCUUCACAUCGAGGAAAAGUUCUCUGGAAACUGCAGAGUAUGCAGAAUACACUCGAAGAUUUCCGUCAAAGUAUUCAGUCUUUACACCCGGAGAAUUUGAAAGUUUUGAUCCACUCAAAGAUGUUCAAACUGAAAUCAACUCUAGGAAAUCCAAUGCCGUAACUCUUUCUCCCAAGCUUCGCAGUCACGGAGGAAGAUCUGAACCGACUUCCAAAAAAACGCAAAAUUCAAUUGAAGCUGAUUCUUCCACCAAGUCUUCACCUAGAGCCAAGGCCGAAAAGAAAACUGCAUCAUCAGAGAAGAUCUCUCGUUUCAGAGCUAGAUCAGAAACUCCAAAACCUCGACCCGCUAAAAUUGAGAUAAACACAUUGAAGCCGAAGGUAUCCGUCAAGAUUGAUAAAUUAAGAUCAUCGAAAGAGGAUUUCCUACCUCGCGGUAAAGCCCCGGGGGAGAUCGAUAAACUGCGAUCAUCGAGACAAGAGAUUACCCUAGAAACGACAACUGAGUCUCUUGAGACGACGCCUGCAGUGACAACACUUCUAUCAGACCCCGUGGAUACAACACCUUCUUUCUUUGCUUCAGAGUCGUUUCUUGCAUCGACACAAGUGUCACCAAUCGCCCUUCCCACUUCAAUCUCUUCAUCUUCUUCGAGUGGAGAAGAAAAAGAGAGUGUCAAUAAACGAAGACAGGCGCCAGUGACUUCAAACCCUUCGAACAGGCCAUCGCAGCCUCCUCCACCGAAAGAAGAUUACUUCAAUCGUGGAUUGGGAUUCCGAGGGAGGAAGCCUCACGGAGCGUCAGCUCCAGGGGCACCCCAGGGGAAUCCCACUAGUGGAAACCCAGGGUGGACCCUCAAGAGACGACCUCAUAACUAUGCAGAUGGUAACCAAACAGGAGGAACGACGCCAUCAGUAGCCACCAACGAAAUUCCUUCUCCUGGCCCUCGUAGGCAGGUAGCUUCGGUGGUAUUCAAGAUAGAUAGAGAGAUUACGUCUGACGAUAAUUAUCCUCCAGAGUUCAAGGCCAAAUUGGCUACACUGAAUCGCUCCGAUCAGAAUGCUCCAGGAGGUGGGUCUAGGAUUACUGAAGACAUAAUGAUGACUGUUAUCCGACACUCACGCUCGGUCGACCAAAAAGUUAUCGACAGUGCAUUCCCGGAAAAUGAUCAAUUUCCGGAGACAGUUUCCCCAUUUCCGGUAGUGACGACUCCGUUAGGGGAUCCGGAGGAGGCGCUCGACGGGUCGAAGAAGCGUCCGCCGAGCGUCCCAAUAUCGUCCAAGUCGAGGGAGAAGUUGGCGAACGCCAGGAGGCUGAUAAAACCAGAGCUCAAGAGCGAGGAGAUCAGUGGAAGCGAUGAGACAGCAGCACUGAAUCCACCAAGGACGAUCAGCAGAACAACAACCACGAAAUCCCCACCUCAAUCUUCGAAAGAAGUCUCCCGAGCGGGCAAACGUUUUGGAACGUCAACGACUUCAAAACCUCCGACAACAGUCCCAAUAUCGAAAUCCUACACAAGAACGAGUAAGAGCGUUCAACGGAGUGACAUCAGAGUAGUGGAAACCACGAGUAUUCGUAAACUUCGUGUGGAAAAAGCCACCGAAGACAACGAAUUGAUCCAAACCACCCUCCCUUACUCUCCUGAAACGUCAACAGAAGCCGUAAAAUCGCAGACAGUCAAGUCGUGGGUCCUCUCCCAAAGAGCGAAGAGCCCCUCCACCGAAAGAUCCCCAACGACUACCAGAAGAUCACGUUCUCAGAGCUCAGAAGAGUCAACAACAAGGUCGUCAUCCCUGGAAACAGUGACCCAUAUCUUGAAGAUUCCCAGAUCGACCAAGAGACCUAGACACUGGAACGCUGCGUACAUCGACAAGAACUGGCAGGACCCGUCGGAGAGAUCCUCCGAGUCAACGGAGUCCUCGACAACGAGACGAUCGUUUGCACCGUCGAGAAAACUCAACUCCUCGGAGUCCUGGAAGUCCUCCGAAUCAGGACCUACAACGGGGAGACCUUUCCAGCCAAUGAAGCGCCGAGAGAACCGCCCAAGAACCGCGACAUAUCGUCGGCAUUCAGAGGGGGUUGUAAGGUCAGCAACAACAGGUGCACCAGCGGAAAGUGUCGCGAUAACUCCGAAGCUUCCGAAAUUCCACUCUUCCGUGAGGUCUUCAAACUCUUCGGAGCGGUCGGCAAGACAGGAACCCGCGGUGAGCCUCGCGGCGUCCAACGGAACUGUCUCCAGCGACGGCAACUCAACGGGUAUUUCCCUGACUAACCGAGGCAGCAGUGGUACCGCUCCCGGUUCUGAUUCAAACAUCUUCAAUCCCGCGAAAACUACGUACUUGAUAAGCUCUAAUGCCACUUUACUGGAGCAACUGCGGAGCACCGUUGCCCCGCUAUUGACAGCGCUAGGCAACAGGACUCCCAUUUUCUCGGCUGCCUACAGCACUGUCGACCCUGGAAAUUCAACGCGGGUGACACCGAGUGGCUCUCCUGCAAGAUUCAGCGCCAGAUAUCGGGGUGCUGAGUUGUUCGUGAGAAAACCGAGUGGCCUUGAUUCAUCAGGACCCACUACACCACUCACGUCAACUAAGGACGGCCCAUCGCCCCAAAUAUCAGUCUCAAGCCCCGGCGAGCCCAAAGUCAUAACGUUUUACCAGGCCCUGGAAUCAGCUAGUAUAACCAACGAAAUAGACCAAACGACUGACAAUGUACGUCACUCGCAAAUUGAUACGGUUCCACAGGUAGCGACCAAUAACGACACUAGUGACCCUAACGUAACGCGUAACGCUAACAAUGACACAACAUCAAUGAUAGAGACAAGUGUAGCGUCAGUAGCAACGACUGAUAGUUUAACCAAUGUAGAUGGUUUCCCAGUCCCAGAAACCACAGCCGCGAUUAUUACAACUACGUCCGCUAGUCCACCAGAUACCACUGAAGCCGCUGAUGUCAGCACAAGUGGUCCUGAAACUAGUGACUUGACAGCAGAAGUAAUGUCUUCUGAUUCCGUUGUUUCCACCAUCGAUCCCGCCCUUGAAACCACUUCAGUCACUUCUCAAAUGCCUGAGGUCGAUGUAAAUACCGUUGAAAGCCUCAGCAAUAGCUCUACCAUUGAACUAAGUAAUGAAGUGAAUGACACAACAGACCCGACGAUGACUGAAGCAUCUGCAGCUGCAAUAGAUUCAACUCCAGAGAUCAGUAUGCUAUCGGUAACUAGGGAACCGAUGGAGAUUCUCAUGAGAAGUCUUAUCGAUUCCAUGGUGGCAUCGAUAGAAACUACAACGGCUGAUCUAGAUAAUUCGAUCAUCGAAUCGUCAACAGUUUCUCCAACUACAGAAGAUGUUCCUCUCAUGGAGACAUCUUCAGCUCCUGCAGCCGUCGAAAUUGCAACGGAAGCUGCUUCAACAACUUCAGAAGGUACAACUGCUGCAUCUAUAGAAGCAACUACAGCAUCUGCGACCGUAGAAACUGCAACAGAAGCUAUUCCAACAACUUCAGAAGCCACGACUGUUGCAUCUAUAGAAACAACUACAGUUUCCGCGCCCGUAGAAACUGCAACAGAAGCUGUUUCAACGACUUCUGCUAUGGAAACAUCUUCACCACCUGUCCCUGUCGAGUCUACAACGGAAUCACUCGCGACCACCCCCGAGGCCACCACCUCGUCUUUGGAGAUCCUCUCUCAAAUUCGGGAAUCUACCACCACAAAUCAGAGUGAUAUUCCGCUGAAUUCGCAAAUGGGAUCGUUGAAUGCGACAACAGAGAUGGGAUUAUUGACGACAGAGGGACCACCAUCAUCAGCAACACCCUCCAACGUCAAUCCGCAGGGUGGUCGUAUUAUUCAGGACAGAGAGAGGGACAAGGCCAGCAGGACUAAGGAGGCCGGAGGUCAACGCAGCAGCGUGUACAUUGGACAGGAGAAGUUCAUCAACUACUGGAGUGAUGAUUCAUCCAAUAACAAUGAUUCGAGGGUCGUUAGUGUUAAGAUUAAUUCAGUUACGAGUGCUGUGAACGAGGGCCCAGCAUCGAGCACAGGCCCACUGCCCCCCCUGGACAUAAUUUCAAAGGAUCAGGUCACAGCGCCCCCAGGUUUCCCCUGGAAAGAUCCGCUAGAUCAGAUCUUCGGUAUCACAACCGAGUCCCAAGUGAUUCGAGCAUCAGUCGCCUCCAAUACCAUCGACGAGCAGAGUCCAUCGAGAUCCCCGAUCACUGUGCCUCCCAUAAAUCGGCUCCCCGAGGUCUUCACCCCCAUGUCGAACGACGCUCUGUUGGCAAGAGACACUUCGAUCACGACCACCACUGUUGCACCUAGUGUCUCUACCACUUUCAGUACUACAUCUACGACCACCUUGGCAGCUACAACCAGUACUGCUACCACGAGGCCAACGACCACUACAACAACGACAACAACUGCGGUACCCAGUACUGUGCCAGCGACAAUCAGCAGUACAACUUUGGAUCCUACAACACGGUCAUUUAGUACUGUCGCUGGACGGCCAGCACCCUUUGGAGCUACUUUUGAUGAUCUCGCCUUCCUCAAUUCAUUGUUACAGACGAAUCAGAACGGGAACUCGAUCAGCAGUUCCACCCCGAAAACCCUCAGUGACGUCGAGAGACUGCUGGCGAACCGAAUAUUAUCCUUGGCACUGGGCAAUGCUGGUCCCACACGUUCACCAAAAGCAAUUCAGCCAUCAAACUCAGCACCAAACUCCCUGGAUCCAUACCCAACAUCCGGAAGCACCUCGCAGCCGAUAAUAAUCGAUCUGCUGCAGUCGACGUCGAAAAAAGUAGUUCCCAUUACCACUAGUAACCCAGUGACGUGGAAACCCACGGUCCUUGUCACUCCGUCUCAUACGGGUCCUGGAUACACUGUAUCGGCGACACUACCACCUCUACCAACCUUGCCGACAUCAUCUGUGAAAAUUGGUAAUACAGUUGAUUUAACGUCAACACAGAUUCCCUGGAUGUUCCCUACGCAUCCACCUACGACGAAGACAACUAGUACAACCACAACUACAACAACAACUACUACUACACCUCCCCCAACAACGACAACAACCACAACAACAACGACACCUCGUCCCGCAACAACAACUACAACUACUCAAAGAAUCAACACAACACGAAGGCCAUCACCUAGACCACCGCCAAGACCAUCACCAACGCAGCCUCCAUUCAGAUUCGGAGCAAACCUCCUUCAAGCGAUCUUCGGAAGGAAUAUCUUCGCUCCUUUGAGCACUCAGAGACCUGCGAUCGUCAGAAGACCUCAGACGACAGUUCAGAUCACUCCGAAAUCAACGACAACUUCGACGACUUCGACAACUGCGAGAAGUACAACAACAUCUCGUGUGCCAUCUACUACAUUUUCACCUGAAGAUGAUGCCAAGUUCUUACUACAGCUACUCAAUGCUGCAAACAACGAAAACAAACCUACGACGUCAGCUGGUGCGUUGUCGAAGGACGACGAGAGCUUCUUGAGGUCGAUUUUGAAUGGUCAGGCGACGGUGAAAACGCCAAGUCCUGGGUCCAGUCCGCCAAGUGAGGCUGCCUUAUUAGCGAAAUUGCUGGAAUCUCAGGGGAUUAGACCUGCUACGCCUGUUAAUAAUAUCAGGGAUCAGUUGGCUUUUGUGGCGAAGGGGGGCUCGACGACGCACUCACCCAAGACGACCCCGAGAAGAAUUACGACCAGCAGGCCAAGACCACCAGACUGGGCUCCAAGCUCUACUUAUCCAUCUCCACUUUUCAGUAAUUUUAAUUUCGGGGCGGACAGGCCAAGGGGACAGGGAGGGGCCGAGGGAGCCGAGGGGUUCAGGAAUCAGAUGCUGAACGCUGCCAUCGGGGCUACGCGGGUUUUUAGUCAGUUCCUUGGUGCUGCAAUUACGGGAGCAGCACAACAGUUACAAUCGAUAGUGAGAAAUGGCACGCGAAUAGUCUCCGAGGUCGUUGGCUAGUCGACGUAAUCACAGGAAGGAAAAACGAAUCAAUCGAAAAUACCAUUUUCGUCAUGUAAUUAAUUUCCAUUCGAUCGAACAGUUCGAUAGUACUUCCCCGUGAUCCUUGAAUCAUCCUGAUAUUAUCUCAACUCAAAACAUGAUUUUUUUUUCGUAUUUAAUUCCUUGUAAAUGAUGCAUCCUCCUGGAGACAUUGGUUUUCUUCAUUAAUCCCGGAAGUGACGAAUUGGCGUUAGCGAAUUUUCCGAUGAAUUUGUGAGGAUAUUUGUAUCCUCAUGGUGAUACAAAUCAAUUCUCCUCUUGUAAUUAUUCACACUGCAGAAAAUAGCAAUUUGUCAUGGAUUUAAUUGCAGGGCUGGAGUGAGAGGUGAACAGCGCUUUGCAAACGUUUCUAGGGUAAUUCAGUCAUUCAUUAAUGAUACAAUAAUUGCUCGAGUACUCGUGAAACAUUUGCAACGUUAUGAUUAGUAUAAUUACUUGUGUUUUUCUUAAAUCCAUCGAUUGUAUGAAUUUUUAUCGAUUUUUUACCUUCAUUUUCUCCGGUGUAAACUCAGAUAUUAGUGAAACUUUUAUGUUACGUAAUUAUUUCUUUUUGUUAUUAUUAAUUAUUUUAUUUUAUUUAGUGCAGUAUAUUGUACUCGCGGGGGUCUUUGAUGAAGUAGUAAUUACGCUUGUGUAUAUGUAUUAAUUAAUCUAUGGGAGUACGUUGUGUUUUGUAAAAUAAAAGAAUUUAAAUAAAUGGAGAUAAAAGUGAA